UCCACAGUCCUCUGAAAAGGAGAGAGCUAACUAAUACCUCUCACUUUGAAACUGUCUCUCAGCCCUUCAACUUGAGCACUAUGGAUUUGACCUCUGGAAUAGAGAAGAUGUGUGUGAGGCAGCAGCCAGUGGUUCCAGUGGUGAGGGGUGCGGUGUGUCUGUCAUGCAAAGGGAUCUGCUCUGGAUUCAUCCCACAUUCCUGGAGGAAAGUGUGCACAGUGUGUGGCUGCAGUGUGGAGGACCACGGCCCCAGUUGUGACAUAGACGAUGACCACAAGAUUGGGCAACUCCUGGCUGACUCCAAAUAUGCCCACUUGACCGCCAAGGUGAAGGGCAUCCGGGUGUACAAACGUAACCGCAUGGUCAUCACUAACCCUGUCGUCUCAAAGAAGGACCCCACCUUCAACACCAUCACCUAUGACUGGGCCCCGCCAGGACUCACACGGAAACUGGCCAUGCUGUACAUGGCGUUGGUCCCGGAGGAGAAGCGUCCAGUAGCAGGGACUGAGGGAGCGAUGUACCGACGCAGGCAGCUGAUGAGACAGCUACCUGUCUACGAUCAGGACCCCUCCCAGUGCCACGGGUCCCUGUCUGAGGACCAGCUCCAGGCCAUGUCUGUCUUCAUGAAGCGCUACAAGAAGGAAGCUCUAGGAGUAGGAGAGGUGGCGCUGCCUGGGGAAGGAGGCGCUAACCCUCCGCCCGUCGUCAAAGGAGAAAGGCAGAAAAACGGGGCUGUGACCGGGGGACCUGGGAAGACCACCAUUAUCCAGUCAGACCCGAACACGACCACCACCAACGGAACGGACGACUACUAUAAGAAGAGUAAAUAUCAUUGCAGUGGUUGCGGGGAGCUCACCCCCCUGGACAGUCCUGUAGUCUAUGCAGAGGGGGCAGGCUACGACAAGCAGUGGCACCCCACCUGCUUUGUGUGUUCAGAGUGUGGGGAGGCCCUGGUUGAUCUGGUAUACUUCUGGAAGGAAGGAGAGCUGCUGUGUGGAAGACACUACUGCCAGAGGACCAGACCACGUUGUGCAGGCUGUGACGAGCUGAUCUUCUGCGAGGACUACAAGAAGGGGAACGACAGUCGGGCGUGGCACCAGGACCAUUACUGCUGCUGGCAGUGUGGACAGAGUCUGGACAGCCCCUGUUCCUGCCCCCAAACAUCCUGCCCCAGCCCUGUUUAGGUCCCCUAGCCCCACUCCACCCCCCCAGCCCUGUUUAGGUCCCCUAGCCCCACUC